AAAAAAAAAAAAACGUACGAACAGUGUGAACCAUGCCCUCUGGUACAAAUCCUACGAUCUCUGAUUCUGGUGAAAAACUAUCAAAAGAGAUGUGGCGUUUCCAGCUUUUGUGAUCCGAUUGCCUCUGAAUUCUUAUCGAUUAAAUAUAUGAUGAACUGACUACCAUUGAACAUUACCAACUAGGCUAGGAUGUGAUUUUGUUGGCAAAUAUAGAACAAGUUGCAGGACGACGCCAAGAUUUUUGGUUAUCCAGCAUGCCUUGUUCUGUGACGCCGGGACCACUGGGGUGGAGUUACCUGAGUUCUGUUGCUCUUGCUUUGUUGAUAGUGUCGGUACAUCUUUCAUCAGCGAAUGCUUGCUGCGUUGAAGAACGGGGUCCGACAACGAAUUGCUCCUUUUCACAUGGCCAGGACUUUUUCUUGUGUGACAUAACAGAAGUUGGAUAUUCGAUUGAUACCUGUCGCGAUGAAGGGAUUGCACCCCUUGGGGAUACUCCUGGACCUAUCCGGGACGCGUCUUUCCACAUCGAGCCUUAUUUCACGUCCUGCUCACCAUCUAAUGAGCACAUGUACAAAACACCUCUCAAUGUGUCUUCCUGCCACACCCCCUGUAGCCAUGGUAACAGAGCGGUCCAUGCUGGACUCAACAUCACCUUCAAAGCGGAUCCUUGGACUUCAGAGCAUUUAAGAGCAAUCACCAUCUCUCUGCGUCGUGGUUCAAGAGUAUAUGUACACUGUGUAACAUUAAGAUUGAAUGAUUAUGGGCCUACUCAAGCAGCAUUAGCGGAGCAUGAGUUCCAUUAUGAUGGCUUCAUUGGCCUGGAACCGGGAGAGGAAUACACAGUCAGUAUUUUGACACUUCCAACUAAUACUAACCGGCAAAAUUGGAUAAUAAAGCCAAUUAGAAUCCCCUGGGAGUCAUGUUGGGUACCAGACCUGAAGAUUCACGAAACACCAUUUGCUGUCAAUCUCACCCUCUUCCAAGAUCUGCGCCAUGGCUUCAAACGUUUUUAUGUUCAUCUUUACAACGAUCCAUACAAUCCACUUACCAGAGAAGUGGAUUUUAGAAAUGCAGAUCUUUAUGAGAUGGAUGGGAAAAAUGGCACCAACAUCCUCUUUGAGUGCAUAGAGCCGACUGCAACUGAAUUGAACUUAUAUGUUGAGGCAGUAGAUUGCCGGUUUUGUCUCUGGGACAGGACUAAAAUUCAAGUUAAAGGUGUACCACCAAAGUUUGUGAAUUGCCCAGAACAUGACAUCAUCCAAGAGGUAGAGAUAACGAAGCCCAUGCGCUACACGACUCCCGUCAGUUGGACAUCUCCCACACCGAUCUUCCAGAGCACUGGUUGCGGGUCUGGCCGCAAUAGAUCCCACGACCCUAACAGUGUCUUCCAAGUCGGGAUGACUACACCCAUUCGAUACCUUGCAUGGCAGUAUACAUAUAUGGCUGAAUGCACCUUCAAUGUUCAAGUCCUGGCGGUUGAUACCACUCCACCACAGAUUGUCUUCUGUCCUGAUAACAUCACUGCGUAUGCCAAACCCAAGAUGAAAACGCUUGAGGUCUCAUGGCGCGAACCAAUGUUUGACGACGCAUCAAACACGACCAUGACCAUUGUUACUCCAUAUAUGCCUGACUCUCAAACUUCAUAUAACUUUCAUGUCUGGGUGAAUACUACAGUGAAGUACCAGAUUAUGGAUGCCUACAAUAACAUGGCAUACUGUAGCUUCUCCGUUUAUGUCAAAGGUGAUACUGACCCACCACGGAUAACUUACUGCCCUCGUUCCAUCGAUGUGAAAGGGCAACCCAAGAUGAAAAGUGCAGAAAUCCAAUGGGAAAGGCCACAGUUUAAUGACGCGUCGGACACGAUCGUGACCAUAGUCACUCCUGAUAUGCCUGACAAUGAAACAUCCUUUCAGUUCUCUGUGGGUAUGAAUACCACGGUCAAAUACAAGAUUACAGAUGCCUACAAUAACUCAGCAUACUGCAGCUUCUUUGUUUAUAUCAAAGAGACUCCAUCAGCUUCACCACUGGUGAUAGCAUUGUCCUGUUUAGCCGGUCUCCUUCUCAUUCUUCUCUUGGUCGUCCUCAUCUGUAAGAAGAUGAUUUUCAGGGGAGAUAUAGGUUCCAGGGAGAACCUUAAUACAACAGACCCAGAUAAAGAUGAUGUAGGAUAUACUCCGGUCAAUAGAUGUGAGAAUACCGGUAUUCCUUUGCCUUCUCUCGACGAUUAUGUGGGGAGUCAGUGGUCAGUGGUCAGUCAGAGUUGGAAAAUUUUUUGCCACCCCCCGGGACACCAUGAUCAACUCUCUAGAUCUGAACCCAACAUACCGGAGUCAUCAUCUGGGUUCUUCUCUAAAGAUGAGGUAGAAUUCAAACCAGGAUUUGGACACCGUCAAAAUUCAUCUCGACUUAACAGUGUAGAAAAGGACGACAAUGAAUCUUCGGUUUGGAUACCCAACAUCAUAGAAGAGGAGUCUUCAGGCUCCUCUGACGAUUCUCCAGCCUCACUGGAAUCCAUUUGUUGAUUGCUGAAGCAGAUCGCAGUGAGAACAAAGCUAUUGUGAAGUUGAGAGCAACUGAUAAGAGGAGACUGUAUGAACAAGAUUAUAAGAGUCAUCCUACAGAUUGCGGUAUUCAAAGCCCCCUGGUAAUUCCUCAUUCUUAUUUGAAUCCAGGGAGAACAAUUUUAUUUUACAGCUGAGAACAACCGAUGGACCAAACAACAAACCAAUGGGAUCCACAUACUUCUAAACAGGGUGUCUACAUUGGAGGACAACUUCUUGUGAAGGUGAGAGCAACUGAUAGGACAGACGUGCAGUGUAGACUAAAACUUAGGGUCCUACGGAUCACAUUAUACAUUUGAACAACAAUCUUCUUGUGUAGACGAAGUCAGCAGAUGGACCAGACACUAUGGACAAUGAAGUAAGGGUCCUCCUAUGGAUCAUGGUAUUCAAAGCCCCCUGAUGUUUCCUCGGUCCCAUUGGAACUGAAUGAGAGCAGUCUUUCUUUGUAGGUGAGAGCAAAAUGUGGACCAGACAGUAGACCACUUGGAUCCACAUGUUUCUGAAAAGGAUGUCUAGGAGAACAAGCUCUUAUGUCAGUGAUGUCAGAGCAGUUCACUUAGUAUAGACAAGGAAAAGUUCUCCUACUUAUUACAGUACUCCAGGUAUUCUGAUGAUUCUCCUGUGUCACUGGAAUUCACUCGUUAAGGAACAGGAUGGCCGUGAGAACGAAGCACUUGUGUGGAUGAAAGCAGUGAAUAGACUAAGGGGGGGGGGGGGUGUUUCACAAAAUUUGUCAUCAGUGACAAAUGACAGUUUUUGUUAUAAGCUACUGAAAUCCUUGCUUCGGAUUGGUUAUCAACAGAUUUGUCACUGAUUUUUGUCAUUUGCCAUUGAAAAAAGCUUUGUGAAACGGGUCCCAGAUGAUUUAGGCAAGAAAGGAUUAAUUGUUGUAUCUAUAACUUUUGCAAAAUCAUUGGUAAUGGCUGUGUAUAGGUGACUGUGUAUAUGGUAUAGACACCUGGGCAAAUACAAAUGAAAAGAUGCAUUUCAAACUUUUAACUAUUUAUGUUCUCUUUGAAGGAGUGAGCUCUUUUGAAUUUAAGAUGUCAAGGUAGAUGAUAUAAGAAUUAUUUUGUAGUUUUCUUGGAGAAAGGAACUAUUUUGUUAAGUUAACCUCUUUAUUCAUCCAUUAAUGUGUCUGGUUGUGUACCAAAUUACAUUUGUCAUUCAGUUAGUGGGGAUAUAAAUGUACUAAACAUUGCAACCUUUUACACAGGUCUGUUGCUGCUUGCCAUAGUAUAUAUGAGAGGUAAAUGUUUUCAUUUCAUUUCAAUCACUGUCUCAUUAAACAGUUUAAUAGAUUACAAAGGAUUAAUAAAAAGAUAUGUUCUUUAGCACUCAGUCCUUGCUAUAGCAAUUACAAAUCAUCUUCUCAUGAGAGGUUUAUAGAGAGAGAAAGCCAAGUCAUCCUGAAUGCAACAAAAGAACAUGGGUUAUGCAAGAAUU